ACCCAGGAAGAGCCGGCGGGAGUCGUAGUCGUUGGCGUGCAGGUUGUCCCAGAUGAGCGGCGGGCGCUGAAGGACGGACUCCACCUCGGCCAGGCGGUCCACACAAAGCUCCCGAGAGAUGACCUUGCUACCUGUAGGCCGCAGAGGGAAGGGCAAGUGCAGGCGGCUCUGAAGUUUUGAAAAAAGAUCAUGAUAAUAACAAUAAUCCCGUAUUGCGGUACAAUCAGUUGAAUUGUAUCAAACUAGGGAAUGUGUGACUCAGUUAAAGAGAAAACAGACUUCAAAGAAAGCAUUCAGGACUGAAACAUAGCGAGACAAUUAGUCGUACUUACUAUUAUACUAUACUAUACUAUACUAUUAAGAAGUAAACCUCAAGAGAUUAGCCAAAUAUGCUUACAGUUAUGACACGAUUCAAAAUCAGCCUAUCCAGGAAUGGCCAAUUAGCGAAGAUGUGAUUGUGCGAAAUGAUAGUGUGGAUAUAAGUCAUUGUUUGUCCAUUGUCCGUCAGACUCUCCCUGGAGAAGCUCAUCAAUUUGUUGCUCUGUGGUUAAGAAUAAGUUCUUCGUGAGCAGAACUGCUCAGACUCCAGCCUUUUUUUUCCCCAGACUUUGACAACUUUUCAGCUCCAAGGUACACACAUUUUUGACACCAAAAACUGGAGUUCAAGAGUCUUGAAUUGGGUGUGAGACACAGAGGACUGGACAGGACCCUGAGAUCAUCUGGCCUUGCCUGAGGUCCCUGUCCUCGCCAACAGUCUGCAGAACAGGAAGACGGGCGGCUCCCCCAAGAAGCGGUAAAUCUCAUUGGUUACGGUGACCUGAGCAUGUGCGAAUGAAGAGAAGGCCUCACUGUCAGCCUGACACAAGGAGUGAUCGAUGUCGUCGAACAGGAUGGCGAAGGCCUGGCAACCGAGCUUGCGUUUCAGGAGAGUCAGGUCACAGGAGGACGAGAAGACGAUGUCCUGACCGGGAGAGAGGGCGUAAACGAACCUUAGGCCUCUCGAUUGGGCCUCCGUGAUAAGAGUGCGCAGUUGACCUGAGAGGACGGCAUUUGAAGACGGGAGAAGAAGAAGCUGGACUCGACAGAGGGACGAAUGGGACGUUCUUACCUUCCUCUUCAGGAGGCGCGGCUUGCCUGCCAAGUGCAGAACUUGCAACUGCUCCGAACUGCUUACAUUGGCAUUCAUCGUUUCAACGGAGACAUUUUCCUUGUAGAACAUCAAGGUCAUGGCCUCCCCCAGCACUCUCUUGUCAGAGGCGCUGUUCCAGUGUGCCAUCUGUCAGGAUGUGUUCUCCGAGCCCGUGUCCAUUCCCUGCGGUCACAGCUUCUGCCUUAGCUGCAUCACAUCCUGCUGGGACCAGAGUGUCGCCUCCAGCUGCCCCAAAUGCGACACGCUCUUCGUCGCUCGGCCGGAGCUCUGCGAGAACUCUUUCGCCAAGGAAAUGUCCAAGCAGAUAAGAGCCAGAAGGAAGCAGAUGGACUCGGAGGUUCAGGAGAUGAUCCAGGACCGACUCCAGAAGGUGGCGGAGAUCAAACACUGCAUGGAGCUCAGCAAAGAAAAUACCAAGUUGGAAAAAGAGCGCAGCGCAGAGAUGUUCUCUGCUCUGUUCCAGACGCUGGAGAGAAGCCGGGUCCAGCUGCUGGAGACCAUUCGGAGGCGGCAGGCCAGGAUGGAGCACCGAGCCCAGAGGCUGACGGCAGAGCUGGAGCUGGAGAUCAAGGAGCUGGAGAGAAGUAGGGAGAUGCAGCACCUUGUGCACACCGACGGCUGCCUCGAUCUUCUGCAGAGGUCUUCAGCGUCAGAGUCCUGUUGCAGCAGCCUCGUCGACUUACACCCGUGUUUGGGGAUUGUUAGGAGAGCGUUGGCCAACAUUGAUCAACAACUAUGCUCUUUUUUAGAAAUACUUGCAAUUCAAGAGCAUGACAUGAUGCGGCAGUAUGCAGCUGAAGUUUAUCUGGACCCCAGGACAGCCAACCCGUGGCUCGUACUGUCUGAGGAUGCGAGACGGGUUCAGGAUGGAGAUGUUGAGCAGAACCUGCCAGACCUGCCAGAGCGCUUUGACACCGUACCGUGUGUGCUGGCCACCAAGGGUUUCACCGCAGGGAGGCACUACUGGGAGGUGGAGGUGGGGGACAAGACGUCAUGGGACCUGGGUGUGGCUCAGGCGUCCGUCAACCGGAAGGGUUUGGUGACACUGAGCCCACAAGACGGAUACUGGGCUGUUUGUCUGAGGAGGGAAAUUGAGUACUGGGCCUGUGCGGCACAGGCGCGGCUUCUGUGUCUACCCAAGAGCCCGAAGGUCAUCGGACUAUUUUUGGACGUGGCGGAUGGGACGGUGUCCUUCUAUGACGCCGAGGCCAAGGCACACAUCUAUUCCUUUACACACGUUCACGUCACAGAGGCCAUAUUUCCCCUUUUCAACCCAGAUGUGAGCGACAACGGAAGGAACAGCUCACCGCUCAUCAUCCGACCAGCGGAUGGAAGCGUGAGUUUAGACAAUGUCACAAUAUGAUUGAACUAAAACAGACACACAGCAAAACAUUUUUGACUAAUCAUUUUUGAUUAAAAACCCAGAGCGAGUGUUGUUAACAACCCUGCCAAACUUGAAUGAUCUGAUCUAUUGAAUGAUUUGAAUCGUCUUAUGUACUGAACAUAUUUUGAUAUUAAAAUUGGAGUGCCUCUUA